AUGGAGUUUGUGGUGGAUGAUUGUGAUUUUUCGUUCUUUUGCAAUCCCUACUUGCUAAAGCUGCACUUUCCUUAUCCUUGUAUCGACGAUGAACGAGCGAAAGCAGUGUACGAUGUAGACAAAGAUAACGGAACUGUGUACGUCCAUAUUCCCAAGGUGGAAAAGGGCCGUUUCUUCCCUGACUUAGAUUUGAUCUCGACAUUACUCCAAAAGCCUGCUCCCAUGCCUACCCUUCCCAGAGGGUUUUUACCAGACAAUUUCUGA